AUGCAUGUUCAUUUCCGUGAAUGUACCAAAGAAAAACAGCUUCAAAUCGACAAAAAUCAAUCAUUUUUGCUUGAAAAAGGAACAAGUGUCGUAAUUCCUGUCUUCCACAUCCAUCGGGACUCAAAUUUUUAUGGAGCCGAUGCUGCUGAUUUCAAUCCCGAUCGUUUUAAUGAAGCCGCAAUGAAGGAUUUUUCCGACAAAGGAGUCUUUUUUCCGUUUGGAGAUGGACCUCGUAUGUGUUUAGGACGCAAAUUCGCUCUGGCGCAGAUGAAAUGCUGUGUUGCUUACUUUGUCACGACAUUUGAGUUCGCUAUCAGUGAUGCAAUGUCAAAACAUCCAAAGUACGACACAUUUGAUUUUCUGCUCUCAUACAAGUCGGGUGUUCUAUUGAGUUUAAAACAAAUUAAUUCUUUAAUUGACGCCGAACGAUCAACACGCGACAUGAUUUUAUUAUUUUUUGCCUUACUGGCGGGUGCCAUUGGUCUCGUUUAUUUUUAUAUGACGAAAAAUUACACUUAUUGGGAGAAGAAAAAUGUUCCAGGACCUGGAGCGCGACUUCUAAUGGGAUCUUUCAAAAGCGUCAUUGACAAGAAAAUUCAUAAUUUGCAUGAAAUUGCGCAAUUGUACAAAGAGUACAAGGGACGUACGAAGGCUGUUGGCGUAUAUUACGGAGUCAAACCAACAUUACUCGUGAUCGACCCAGAACUCGCUAAAAAAGUGAUGAUUACUGAUUUCAGUCAUUUUACAGACACAAAAGGGCUUUUAACGAUUGAUAAGGAAUCUGAUCCAUUACUCGGAAGAAAUCCAUUUUUCUUGAAAGGAGAGGAAUGGAAGGAAAAACGAGGGGAAAUUUUGCCAGCUUUUACGAGUGGAAGAAUCAAGGCUCUUUUUCCGAUCAUGCAAGAAGUUGCGGAUCGCAUGAAAAAAUUCAUCCACGAAGAAAAUCGCAUUCAAAGUGAAUUUGAGAUGCGGGAGUUGUGUGCAAAGUUCACUACUGACGUCGUUGGAUCCUCAAUUUAUGGCGUUGAGUCCGGAGCAUUUUCCGGAGAAGAAUCGGAAAUUCGACAAGUUGCACGAAAUGUAAUGAGUCCCUCUUGGCGAUUAUUUUUCAUCAUUGGACUUGCUCCUUUCUUCCCCGCCGUCGCUGAAAUCUUCAAGGUCAAGUUCUGCCCAGACAAAGAAGCUGACUUUUUGGUCAAUUUAAUGAAUCAAGCGUUGAAAUAUCGCAAAGAUAACAAGAUUGAACGUCAAGAUUACCUGGAUUUUUUGAUACAUUUGCGCGAAAAGAAGGGAAUUUCGGAUUUGGAGAUGGCGGCACACACUUUGAGUUUCUUCUUUGAUGGCAUUGAGACUUCAAGUAUCACUUUAUCGAACAUUUUUUACGAGCUCGCCAAAAGCAAAAAACAUCAAGAAAAACUACGUCAAGAAAUGCUGAAAAUCCGCGAUUCAAAUGGUAAUUUCGAUUACGAUACCUUAACGGACAACAAUUUCCUCGAACAAGUGAUCUACGAGUCACUUCGCUUGAAUCCAGUUCUUCAUAUGCACUUCCGAGAAUGUACCAAAGAGUACGAAACUGAAAUUACUGCAGGUCAAACGUUGAAAAUCGACAAAGGAACUAUCGUUAACAUCGCAAUUCGCGAAAUGCAGCACGAUAAGGAGUAUUAUGGAGCAGAUGCUGGUGAAUUUAAUCCCGAUAGAUUCGAUUCGGCGACUGGAGGGUUCAAGCCGUACACAGAUAAGGGAGUUCUCUUUCCCUUUGGCGAUGGGCCUCGCAUUUGUUUGGGUCAGAGAUUCGCCAAGACGCAGCUCAAGUGUUGCAUUGCUCAUCUAAUCACGAAUUUCGAGUUGAGUGUGAGCGAAAAGAUGCCCAAAAAGCCGGAAUAUAACCCUUAUGAGAUGAUGUUGACAUACAAAUCGGGCAUUUUGUUGAAUUUGAAGCCGAUUUCGGGCUGAAAAUGUAUUUUUGUAAACAAAAGUUACGUAAGUUUUGAAUAAAACAAAUAUAAAUAUUCGUUGAUAACAA